CUUCAAAUAUCACUUGAAGUGUUAAUACUUAAUUGCAUUUGCACUCGUACGAUUACCUUUACUAAUAUUGGUUUUCUUUCUGUCUUCACGUAUAUUGUCCCUGUUUUACGUUCUUCCCUCUUUUUUUCUCUCUCUCCGUUUUGAUACACAUCGUUCGCUUUUUACGUGCUUCAUGCCUCCAUCUCUCUUGUUCUAAACUGCGUUAGCCUUCUAACUCUUUCUAUUCUAAAAGGUCGAGAGAGCAGAAAGCAAAUCGUAAUUUUUAAGCAGAUUACGACAUUUUUUAAUUUAUAAGACAUGUUCCGAUGUUACUAACAUCAUCGUCAGUUACAGAAUAUUUGAAAAACCGUUAGGACUAUAUCGAAACAUACAUAUAUCGAAACAUGUCUUAUAAAUUAAAAAACGUCCUAAUCUUUCUAUUCUCUCUCCCUCCGACCGCGCUUCGUUCUUUUGGUUUCCCCCAGUCCCUUCCCUUUGAUCGUCCGCCUGCCACGCAGGCUAAGCCGACACACUCGAUGAGGAGCAUGCGAAGGCGUGGAGUGUGCGCAAUACGUGUGAUUGUACUCUCGCGGAUUACUGGGCAAAAUAGUUGAUCAUCCAUGGCUGAAUUGUUACUUCUUCCUCCAGGGAAGAGUGGGUUUCGACUAUCUGACGGAGCCACUGACUAUUAGUUCAAAAACUAUAGAUUGUUUUAAAAUUCAAAUGAAAAACAUAUCCACAGGAACCCGCUUUGUUUGCAUGGAGCUAGACACUGCAUGUCAGACUUAAAUUUGACGUAAAAAUAAAAUACUCUCGAUCGAAGUUUUUGAAUACUAAGGACUUCUAAAGAGUUGUCAAAGUCUAUUGCUGCUUCCAUAUUUGUUUACCGUACGGUGAAAGUACAAGAUUUUAUCUAUUAUUGUAUGAGUCUGUUUCUAGAUUCUUCUAUCACUUGCUUGUUUAUCAUUGCAAUAGGGUCGACGCGUUGCCUAAGCUGCCAGCUGAACCACAAAAACAAAACAAAAAAUAUAGAUUAAUAUGCAGUUUGGGUUUAAUUUCUUGUGCGGCUCUUUUAUCUUUUUAUUAGUUUUCGCCAUUUAUAAAUGUUUUGUCUGCAGCAUAGUCCUAGAAAAUAAAUUUUAACCACUGGCUUUUCAGCAAUAGCGAUUCGAAUUAUUGGAGUGGUGGCGGAAUGGAGUGGAGUUGGCUGGCAGGGCGAUUGGAGGUACCCUGUAUAUAUUACGGAAAAGCGCUUUUUACAUAGAUUAUUUUAAAAUGUUUUUGUCUUUUUUCAGUUGUAAUAUUUGAUAUGUAUUUUUAUCAAAUGAAUAAGGGAAUUAUUCUUAUUAUUAUUGACUGAAAAGGGGAACGCACGCUUCUAUCAUGGCUUUUGAGCAUUUCUAUUGCAUCAUGGGCGCACAAUAACUGUAUUGGAACAACUAACCUGCCCUCGUUCCCAAAACAACUUAAGUUAAUUGAUCCAAUUAACAAGUGGGUCAUAGAAAACUCAGCACGUGUUCUCAGUGGUUGGUUGUCUGACUUUAGAUGGCUAUCUUGUGUGAAGAGGAAAUAAUGACACAGUCACGCUCUGUUUGGUAGCUUUCGAAAUUUAUGCGCUGUUAAAUGGCUUCGCGACCGAUCUACUGUCUGUGUUUUUAUCUGGUGGCUAUUACAAGCUUAUGGGACUCAAAACCUUGUCUCAGUGCUGCGGUUUUAUCCAAAGAAAAGCAUAGUUGUUCUUUCCCGGGUUUUUUACAAGAAUCAUGCAAGGAAUCGACCAAAAAUUGUCGUCUUUGGUCGCAAGGAAAACGACGUCCAUUUGACGAAAAUUUCGCUCUCUAUGAGCACCAAGCCAGUGAGCGAAGAGGAGAACAUACUUGGAGCUUCAAUGGAGGGAAAGUCGAGAUCUUUGGAGAGGAGCAUCCUUUAGUGGCUUCUUUGGAGUUUUACUGUUGGAAGAAACUUUCUCCCCAUGUUUUUAUCAUCUUGUCCAAGAAUAAUGAAACGAACGAAAAUGUGAAAUAUUCUUGUAUCAAAUUCAGGAAGAGAGGGCGAAAUGUGAUUGAAUUGGAACGUACUCAGUGGAAAGACAACCAUACAAGCCUAGCUUCAUGUAAUGUGAGCGAUCUUAACACUGAUGAAAGUCCUUUGAUUUUAACUUCUGCGUGGGAGAUACCCGACUGCCCACCUGAACUAAGGGGAGGACUUCAAAUUAUGAAGGCUUACAAUGCAUUAACUCAACAAGAAUGUGUGUUUGAUAAUGACACUGGUUUAGGCACGCUCGAAUCGGACUGCAUGGGUAAAGAAGGCAUCUUGAUCCAUUUCCAAGAACGGAAAAAUUGUUCUCUUAGCAAACGCAGUUAUGCUGCGUUUUAUCUGGCCCUCUCUUGCUAUAGCACUCCAUGGAAAGUUGAAAAUUAUACAUAUUUCAUCGCGAAAAGUCGAACUAUAGCAAGAAAUGCCUUUACACUCGCAGACUUUCUCUGCGUCAGGUUCCAGCGGGUAUUAAACGCAAGCGGUGAAGAAUUUACCCUGCAACUGUACAAACAGCCAAUUUGCCUGCGCAAUGCGUCGGCCUCGGCGAUAUCGCUGACCAUGCACUUGAGGCGAAGAGAGAAUGCUGAAGAAACAGACAUUCCUUCUUCUGAGAUCACUCGAACGGAAUGCAGCUUUCCAGAAAAAUUUCAAGGAAUUUGGAAGGAAGUAUCCCUACAUAAUGGCUUCCAGAAUGUCUUGAUAAACGAAAAAACAGUUUAUAUCCCUCCAUAUGGAGAAUUCCAUUGCAAACAACAGUAUAUUUUUCAACACCAGGCUCCCUACGAGUGCAGUUCAUUAGUCACCGGGAAAUGGCCUGGAACGGGGCGAGCGAAAUUCUUCCACGAUGACUAUCUGUUGUUGUCAAAUUUCACCAAUGGAUGCCGUCCGCGACUGACUCGCUUUGGAAUCACAGACAUUAUCGGGAGUGAUGUGUUAGUGUAUAGACUCUCUCAAAGCCAGCCGAUUCUGAGCGUAGGGCAUACAGAGUUCCUGGAAUACUACUAUUUUAAUCAUCUUCUAAGACUGUUUUGCUCGAGCUGGCUUCCUUAUGCAAGAGAUCCUUAUCCCAUCUGGGGACGAAAUAUCGACAAAAUCAUAAUGGAACGUACUUCAGUUGCUAAAACAGCUCGCUGCUCUCUACCACCCUUGAGUAAAGGAGUUUACUAUUUCAAUGCGGUGAACGCUGACCAAAGUGAAUGCAGUGGACAGACCUCGCGCAUUCAGUUUGCGUGCGAGAAGUCUUUCGCUUUUGAAGUGAAGUAUGACCCAAGGUGCCAGAAACCCGAUGUCUCAUUUACUUGCAUGGGAUUAGCGUGGAAACUUGGCGAGUUUUCCUUGGUUCAAGACGUCAAAACUAAAAAUAUUAGCUGCAUGUGGUUUGAUGAGCUAAGCAACCAACUGUUCCGCUUGAACUCGCCUCAGUGCCCCGACAUUGACUGGGGCCGUAAACGGCCAGGAAACGAUGUCAACUACGAUGAAAAGUUCGUGCUUCAGUAUUAUAGCAAAUGCCCAGUUAUUUCCAAUGGAGGAAGAAUUGACUAUCCGGUAGUAAAGAAGAGAGGAAAUGCAUCAGGAAAUUUUAACGAAGCGUCACUCUUUAUGAUCCUAACUUGUCUCGUAAUUGCGAUCAUGCGCUAGUUAGAAGAGCGUAAUUCCAGCUUGUGAAGUUUCAUUCUCGUCCCAGGGCCGUCUGUCCCUCCUGUCUGGCGGGGCCUUGGCACGAGUAAAAAGGUGGUUCCAGAGACGCGUGAUUUGAUUGGCUAAAUUCUUGGACUAAGAUUUUCACUAAUUCAGCGCUGGUCUCAAUCCCGAAAAUAUCCACUGCUUGAUCUCUAACUGAAACCGUUCUAUUACAGCGCCUACAGAGUUUAAGAACUCCACCUUGAAUUGUAUUUACGUUUUGAUUUCCCUUCAAUAAAUUUUUUCAAGGUCUUCAGGUGUCCUAAUGGAACGGUUUUAGUAAGAGAUGACCACUGGAUAUUCUCGGGAGUGAUACCAGCGUUGAAUUUGUGAAAAUCUUAGUCCAGGAAUUUAGCAAAAUAAAUCAUAUAUCUCCAGAAUCAUCUUUUCCUCUUGCCAACGCCCCGUCGGCAAAGAAGGACGAGAAGCUGUGGGGACGAAAAUGGAAAGUUUGCCUUUAGUUUCUUGAGGAGUUUGAUCGAAAAUAGAUUCACACGAUGGAAGAUGGAAAGUCAUGAAGUUUUUCAUUAAAAUGGAAAGGUUGUGUGACGAGAAAGCAAGCCUAUUUGAGGGCAGUUGAACGGAGUAAAGGACUGAAUUGGGGACACUUAAUCAGAUUUUUUAGCGUUCAGCUGAGUAAAACCCUCUUUUUCCAUCUGACAGUUCAAUUAAAAUUUGACCAGUUUCUAGGACGUUUUCUAAGCUCCUUGUUUAGACUAAGGAAAUCUUAACAUGUAAUAUAUACAUAAAGGGUUAAUCUGUUUAGUAUAAAUAUAAGUUAUUAGCCGUUAUAACAUUGCAUCUUUGAAACUGAUUUGGUAUAAACAAAUUUUCAUUGUA